AUGUGCACGUCGUGCGGCAUCGGUACCAGCUCUUCAUCUACCUCGGCAUCUUCAUCGAUCAUCAUGGCCGCGCCGCCCGCCGUCUUGAGCCCGGCCGCUCGCCUCCCUGUCGAGCUCAUCGAGAUGAUCUGCGAGGAGCUCGCGGUGCUCGAUCUGCGUGUGCGCAACCCCGGCACGACAACGCGGUACAUGUACUCGCAGCAGGCGGCCUUGGCGAGCGCUGCGCUCGUCAGUCGCAUCUGGGCGGGUCCGGCGCAGACGGCCCUCCUGCACUCCCUCCGCUUCGACACGGCCGACGAGUGCGCCGACUUUCUCGCCGCGAUGGAGCACAAUCCGCACCUUCUCGGCCUUCCUCGAGCGAUCGACUUCUGCGUCACCGGCUUCAUCCAGGACGACGACGAGGCGCCGCUCGACAUGCCCAACUUCAUCGCGACGCUCCUCGAGAAAUGCCGCAACCUCGAGACCGUGCACAGCUACGCCGAGCGCAGCAUCAGCUCGCUGGGGUUUGACUUCGCGAUCCGCAACAUGCGGCACCUGCGUCACUCUGUCUUCGAGGCAAACCCUAUGCUCGGCGAGACCAACAACUGGUUCAACGACAGCAUCCGCCAGCUCCCGUCGCACGUGCGCGUCGUCGGCGCGUACGACGAUGCCGUCGAGCUGGACAUCGUGUUCGACCUGCCGUUCAACCUCGACCUCCUCGAGUACCGCUACAUGCGCGACGAGCCCUCUCUCCUGUUCCAUUGCCUCGACGCGCUUCUCGAGGCGGAAGACCGACCUUUCAGGGUAUCUCGGCUCAACGUGUACGUCGAGCCGGAUCUCGACCUCCCGGUCGUCCUCCCCAUGGUCAGCGCCGACAUCGUCAAGGACUACACGGCCAGCUUCGCCGCUUGCGGCGUAGUCUUCCAGCUCCUCGAGUUGGCGUGGUCCUGAUCGGGCGCUCGCGUGCCCUCGACUGCCCACCUCGCCCUCUCCCGUUCCAUCUCUCUCGCCGUCCUCGCACGCCCUCCUUCUUUCCGCGUCCUUCUCUCCCGCACGUCGCCGCGCUGUCGCGUGUACCGAGUUCCCCAGGUCCUGCAAGGCACUGUUCCCUGU